GUUAUCAUUUCCAAUUAUAACAUAUUACGCAUUGCAAUUUAAUGCGAUUAUGAUAAUUAGUUACAAUUUGGAAAUGGAGGAAGAAUACGCGAAUGAAGAACCAUCAAAGGACCUCCAAAGACAUAGACAAAGUGGCGAAAUACCGACAAUUGCCGGUAUAAUUUUUAUAAUAUUUGUAUCGGGGUUGUGCGGAGUUGUUUACUUAAUUGACGAUAUACGUCCAACUCCUUUACACAUUGAAGACGAGAUCCUCAAUCCUGAACGAUUUAUUGCGGAACGAGCGCAGAUCAGUUUGAAGAAAUUAGUCGACAUCGGCGAGCGGAUUACUGGUACUGACGCGAAUGAUGUACAAGCAGUGAAGACAUUAACAUUAGAAAUUGCGGAAAUUAUCGCAAACGCUAAUGAAAAUAAAAAAAUCGAGUUUGAUCAACAAGUGGUCUCUGGUCAAGUAUCUGACCAUCUUCGAAUCUUUGAAAACGUUCAAAAUUUAGUAGUGAAAGUGCAUGGUCAGUCAAAGUACUCAAUUCUUGUGAACGUGCACUUUGAUACAGCCCCCACGAGUCCAGGUGGAAGCGAUGACGGAAUUAACUGUGCCGUUGCAUUAGAAAUUUUGCGCAAACUUGCAAAUUCGCCAACCCAAUACGUUCAUAACAUAGUUUUUCUUUUCAAUGGCGCGGAAGAGAUUGGAUUACUGGGAAGUAAUGGCUUUGUGGCACACCACCGUUGGGCACACGAAAUUAGGGUUUUUGUUAAUUUGGAAGCAAAUGGAGUUGGUGGUAAAAUUUUGCUUUUUCAAGUCGGCUCCAAACAGCCAUGGCUUUUAAACUACUUUGGUGCGGUAACAUUGCCUCACGCCCAAGUGAUUGCCGAAGAGCUUUACACAUUUCUCCCUUUUGGUACUGAUUAUACUAUCUUCAACAGUAUGGACGAAUACAGCGGAUACGAUUUCGCUUUUGUUAGAAAUCAACAAAGAUACCACACCCGAUUUGAUGAUCUCAAUAUACCUUUGGGUUCUUAUCAGCAUACCGGCGAUUUACUAUUAAAAUUAGUCAAAAACUUGGCGAACGCAUCUGAAAUACUGGACAUUAGUCAAACGCAGGAGGAAACUGAACAUGUUUAUUAUGAUUUUUUGGGAUUAUUUCUGAUAUACUACACUAAAACCAUUGGAGUUUUCAUAAACUCUAUUACUGUAAUUUUAUCGGUUCUCAUUGCGCUAAAGGCUUUUUACGAUUUUCGAAAAAAAUGCAAGACAUUUUUUGCAUACGCUUUGGUGACUUUCCUAGGAUUAAUGUUGGGAUGGGCCUUGGCAGCAGCUUUCGCCGUAACAGUAUCUUUCAUUCUCAGAGCACAAGACUACAACAUGAUUUGGUACGGAAAUCCAUGGAUGAUCUGUGGAUUAUAUGUCAUUCCUAUAUCGGCGAUGUCUUGUGUCCCGGUUGCAUUGUUUAAACAAUUUGUAGCAAAAGAUUUGACGUAUAACAUGCACACGCAACUGCAGUUACACAUGUUAAGACUGAUAUGGACCGUCGUGCUACUGGUUGGAACUUGCAUGGGUAUUCGAAGUACUUACAUUGUCUUAGUCCCGGUGGUCUUUCAAACGGGCGCGUUUCUAUUAAUACACCUAACUUGCUCUCAAUACACUGUUAGAGUUUGGCAAAUUCUGUAUUUCAUUUUCACAAUUCCAGCUACCAUGUUCAUCAUUUACCUAAUGUUACUUCUUACGCCUACUGUCACGGCUUCAGCUGUUAACCCAUACCUGCACCCAGAACUCUUCAUUGCGUUAUUAUACUUACUCUUGACAUUAUUUGCGGGCUCCAUCUACGUGCCAUUUGUCACGUUACUAAGGAGAUGGUAUAUUACCAUAGGAUCUGCAUUGGGCAUUUUUGUGAUAUUUUUCGUACUGAUAUUCACGCCGAUAGCUUUCCCUUAUAGUGCAACUGACAAUGCAGCUUCGCCUCAGCGUUUCGUGUGUUACUAUUCCAACCAAGUGUUUCGAAAUGAGAUGACACAUAGUGUGAUUGCAAGAGAAAAGCAGCUACAUUGUAGUGGAGAUUACAAUGCAGAAAAGACACUAUAUAAGUAUGUCAGGGAACCGAAGUUUGACGAAGAUAGUGAUCUCAUACCGCUUGAUAAAACCGUACAACUACAAUUAGAUUCAAGAAUAUAUCUAAACCCAUCCACGGUUCAAUACAACUUUACGAUAGAAGGUCCCAGCACAAUGUCUCUCGUCAUCGAAACAAUGAAUAAUGCAAUCAUCAGAAGUGCAAAAAUCUACAUGAGUAACGAGUCCGUAAUCUUGCAAAGCAACGUAACCGACUAUUAUAUAGACUACAUUAGGGGGAAGGAGAGUUUACCCUUAAGAUUUGUACUUAAAGUACAUUUAGUGGAUCACAACGCAAAAGCUUUACAGUUUCGACUGAGAGGUAGUUAUCAUUACUCUUCAAGCAACAUUUCAAUUCCGUAUUAUGAUAAAUAUCUAAAAUCAUUUCCGAUAUGGACAAAUGUUGACGCAAAGCUGGUAAUAAACGACGCCUGGUCUUUUUAAAUGAUCGCAAAUACGAAAAUAAACGUACUUAAGCAUAA